UUCAUUCAUUUUAUUGGAGGUUGAGAUAAAGCGAAAGCAACUUAGGCAGGAGCCUGGCGAAGACCAGCGAGCAGGCAAGAAUAGGUGAACACGCGCUUUGUAAUUAUUAUCUUUAAUAGCGACAUCACAUCUACGUCACAAACGUAAAUGAUUGACGCGUUGUUGCCUUCAAAGCAAGUUGCCUUUGUGGUGCGGUGAGAGUGACAGGAGAUAUUUAUCGAGAGCAAAACAUUACAAAAGCUACUUCAGCUAAUGCGAGCAUGGGAAAUUUGAAAACUUUCGUCUUGACUUGUCUUGGAAUUGGACUAGCCGCUGGAGCAGGCUUUUAUCUCUACAGGAAAUUUACCAGUGCAAAUGGAGAUGACCAAAACACUGAAAACUCUACUUCACAGAGUGCCACACAGGAAACAUCAGAUGAUGAUUAUCCUACAAAAGAAGACUUGGGUGAUGUUUCUAAAGACGGCACCACCACGGUCUUUUCAAAUGAAACUCAGAUCGAGGUACAACGGAUCAAGAAAGAUACAUCAAGUCUGCAAAAUGGCGUCGAGAAACAACAAGAGGACGCGACACGAAAUCCAACCGAGAGUCAGAAAAUCGCUGACAAGAAACAUCAGACUAAGAAGUCAAAUUUUGGUGGAAUGAAGAAAGGAUUCCUUCUAUAAACUGAAAUAUUUUUCAAAAAACACAAAAAAACAAAACCAAAGAAACCAACAAAAUUGACAAACACUUUACUGUAAUAUGUAACUAGAUAUUUAUUUAGGAUGGACUUUUUCUAGCAAUGACAUAUUUGUUAUAUAUAAAGAAAAUACGCCUUAUAAACUGAAACUUAAUGUUUGUCAAAAAAACAAAAAGAAAACAUUCAAAGAAAGCAAAAAACGAAAAAAAAAUUCUCUGUUAUUUUUAGUUAGACACUGUUUAGGGUAGGUUAUUAUUAGUGAUAUCUUUUUUUAUUAAU